CACAGUGACGGGAUAGUCCGCGCCCGGAGCGCUACGCUCGACCACGCGCGCCCUCCGCGGCCAACGUACCCACAACUUCCGAUAACUUCGAAAAUAUAAAUUCUCCGUAUUUCUUAUAAAAAGAAGACCGAAAAAUAUCUAAAUAAAUACUCUUGAAAAAGUUCACAAGUACCUAAUUUAGAAUUCCUUAGAUUAAUUUAGUCAAAUAAAAUGAUUUUGAAACUAAUAAACUAACUUAUUGCGAGUGACAAUGUUGGAUUUAUAAAUAAUGGCUGUGCAGUGUUGUUUAGGCGUUAAACUAUGGGUUGAAGUGCCGAUUAGAUAUAACCAUUGGUAUAGUGUAUAAAUCGGAAUGGAUGAGGAGAAUUCUACGGAAGCGUCGGCGCCGCAUCGGACGCCGACGCCUGAACUUCAUGCGGUCUACACUAGUUUGGAAAUUUUAGUGGCUCUAGUGGCUGUUAUAGGCAAUGCUAUGGUGAUCCAUGUGUUUCGUCGGGACCGCCGACUUCGACGUCGAACAAACUACUACAUAGUGUCUUUAGCUGUGGCGGACUUUCUAGUCGGUCUGUUGGGCAUACCGUUUGCGAUCCUGGCGUCAGUCGGCCUGCCGAGGAACCUUCAUGCGUGUUUGUUUACUGUGUCGUUGCUGGUGAUGCUGUGCACCAUCAGCAUCUUCUGCCUGGUAGCCGUGUCUGUAGACCGCUACUGGGCCAUCUUGCAUCCCAUGUGCUAUUCGAGGAACGUGCGUACGAGAACUGCGAUCGUGAUAAUAUCGGUAUGCUGGGUAGCGGGCGCGGGUGUGGGCUUGCUGCCGCUGUUCGGGUGGCACGCGAGUGUGGACUCCGCCCCCGGCUGCUACUUCGUCGAGGUGAUGGACUACAACUACCUCCUAUUCCUGUAUUUCGCCACCAUCGUCACCCCCAGCGUCUUGCUCGCUGCCUUCUACGCGCACAUCUACCGCGUUGUGGUUAAACAGAUGAGCGAGGUGGUGACAGUGGACGGGCGCGGCGGGCGGCUGGCGGGUGGAACCAUGCUGCGGGUGCUGGGCGCUGCGCAGAAGAGGGAGGUUAAGGCCACGCAGAACCUCGCCAUCAUCGUCUUCUUCUUCAUCAUCUGCUGGAUACCCCUCUACACCAUCAACGCUAUCAAAGCCUUCAUGCCAGAACUAGACAUUCCAAAUCCUCUCACAUACGUCUGCAUCAUCGUCUCCCAUCUAAAUUCCGCCAUCAACCCUUUACUAUACGCUUACCACCUGAAAGACUUCCGUGCUGCGCUAAAAGGCCUCAUAUGCACGAUUCUCGGCAGAGGCGUACCGAUACCAGCGGCAUAUAGACCGCCCGUGCCCGUUAGAAGACCGGACUUGGAGCGGUGCAACGCUAUCAGGGAGAGACCGAAAGUAUACGUGAACUCGCCUGUAUGGCUGCGGCAGAAAGAGGAGGAGAGGGUCGCCGCUGAGAAUAACAAGGCGGUGGUGACGUCACUGCCUGUAGUCCCUGAUAAGGAGCCCUUUUUACAGAGAGCUGGUGACGGCUCCAGUGGAAGGCACACGCCUGAAGGGAGAGAGAGCGAGGGUACUCCUUACCUUAUAGACCCAGAUACAGAGAGGUGUCAGAGUCCGUACAGGAAGGUCGAGGAGCUGAUCCGAAGAGUACGCAGCGUCAGCGGCGACCACAGCUGACACGAACCUUGCCGGGCCUGCCCGGUCUACAACAGUGUCACUUAAAGCUUUAAACGUCUUAAAGACAAUUCCUAUAAGAGAUUAUUAAUUAAAUAAGUAAAUUACCUUGUUCUAGUUACCAUGAGUAUAUUUAUAAAGAACUAUUUAUGAAUAUUUUUAGACAUAAAUUAUUUUUAGGAUGAGGCUACAACUUUACCCAGUUGGUUGCUGUUAAUGUUUGCUUGUUCGAACAAUUCGUCAAUUGUUGCUUUGAAAUUAUAUUACAUGCGAGCAUAUG